CUCUCCCUUGUUUAGGCUGUUUCUCCUGCUGACUAGAAUGCAGGGGGUUUUUUAAAGCUGGUUUGUGAAGACAUGUUUUGUCCUGCAGCAAGGAACUACAGCUACUGAACUUGAUUGUGUCAGCUCUUGGCCAUGCACUGUGUCCGCUCCUUCCUCAGAAGGGCUUUGUACAAGAAGCCACGCCUGGCAGUGCAGCAUUCUGUACUACGGGCAUUCUCAGUUAAUCUACAAAAUCAGGUCCCUGAAGAAACAGCGAAUGCUCCAUCACCACAGCUGCAAGCCAAUGCAAAGACAGCAAAUCUCAUUCUCAAAACUCCCAAGGGCACCAGGGAUUUUAGCCCUAAGCAGAUGGCCAUCCGGGAGAAGAUUUUCAGCACCAUCAUCAGCUGCUUCAAGCGUCAUGGAGCGGUCACAAUAGACACACCUGUCUUUGAGCUGAAGGACCUUCUGUUGGAUAGUCAUUGGGAGGAGUUAAAGCUGGUGUAUCACCUGAAGGAUCAAGGUGGGGAAGAGCUAUCUCUUCGCUAUGACUUGACUGUGCCACUUGCCCGAUAUUUGGCUAUGAACAAAAUCACCAAUUUUAAGCGGUACCAUAUUGCCAAAGUCUACAGGCGUGAUCAGCCAGCCAUGGCUAGAGGGCGCUACCGAGAGUUCUGCCAGUGUGAUUUUGACAUUGCUGGCCAACAUGAUCCCAUGAUUCCUGAUGCAGAAUGCCUGAAGGUCAUGCAUGAGAUCUUGAGCGCCCUACAUUGUGGAGAGUUCCUUAUCAAAAUCAAUGACAGGCGUAUUUUGAGUGGGAUCUUUAGCAUUUGUGGUGUUCCUGAUACGAAAUUUGAAACCGCUUGCUCCACUCUUGACAAACUGGGCAAGGUGAGCUGGGAGGAAGUGAAAAAGGAAAUGGUCCAAGAGAAGGGGCUUCUGCCUGAGGCUGCCGAGAGUAUUGGCCAAUACAUUCGGCUCUCCGGCGGACGGCAUCUGAUUGAUCAGCUUUGCCAGGAUCCAAAGCUGUGCAAGAGUCAGCUGGCCAUGGAAGGGCUGGAAGAUAUGAAGCUGCUCUUUGAGUACCUUACCUUGUUUGGCAUCAUAGAUCAGGUCUCCUUGGACUUGAGUCUGGCUCGCGGGCUUGAUUACUACAGUGGGCUGAUCUACGAGGCCGUUCUGCUGCACCAGCCAAAUGGCCACUGCAAGGAGCCUCCCCCUGUGGACAGUGUGGCCGGAGGCGGGCGCUAUGAUGGGCUCGUGGCGUCGCUUGAUCAAAAGGGGCAAAAGGUGCCCUGUGUAGGAGUCAGCAUUGGGGUGGAAAGGCUCUUCUCCGUCAUCGAGCAGAAGCUGGAGAUGUCCAAGGAGAAGAUCCGCGUGAAAGAGACGCAAGUGCUGGUGGCAGCUGCUCAGAAGAACCUCCUCACUGCGAGAAUGAAACUCAUCUCUGAACUCUGGGAUGCUGGCAUCAAGGCAGAAAUGUUCUAUAAGAAGAAUCCCAAGCUGCUGAACCAGCUACAGUACUGCGAGGGAACGGGAAUCCCACUUGUGGCCAUCAUUGGACAGCAGGAGAUGAACGAUGGAGUGGUCAAACUGCGGGAUGUUGCCACCAGGAAAGAGGUCCUUGUUGCUAAGGAGAAUCUCAUAGAGGAGAUCAAGAAGAGACUGGAGAAAUAAUUCUUCAUUGUAUAUUUUAUCUGGACUGUCCUUAGAGAAGUAUGCCUGCCUGGAUAGCCACCUGGGAUUCUUCAUGUGUGUUUGAGAACUGCAUUUGAUUUGCAGUCGGCGGGGUCUGGUUUUUUGCACUGUGGCCAAGCACAUCUGUCUGAAGAAACGCUGGCCUUCCGAAAGCAGGUUAGCCCUGCCGCUUAUCAUUAUGAAUUGUUUUUAUCUUUCAUGCUUAACUGGCCAUAUUGGCUUUUGUAAAUAUAGUCCAGCCUCUGUU